AUGCCUCCCAAGCAGAAGGUCGCCCGCGCUCCCCAGGAGAACAUCCAGCUCGGACCCCAGGUCCGCGAGGGUGAGCUCGUCUUCGGUGUCGCCCGUAUCUUCGCUUCUUUCAACGACACCUUCGUGCACAUCACCGAUCUGUCCGGCCGCGAAACCAUCUCCCGUGUCACUGGUGGUAUGAAGGUCAAGGCCGACCGUGACGAGAGCUCUCCCUACGCCGCCAUGUUGGCAGCCCAGGACGUUGCCGCUCGCUGCAAGGAACUCGGCAUCACCGCUCUCCACGUCAAGAUCCGAGCCACUGGUGGUAACGGCACCAAGACGCCCGGCCCCGGUGCCCAAUCUGCUCUCCGCGCUCUUGCCCGUGCUGGUAUGCGCAUUGGACGUAUCGAGGACGUCACUCCUACUCCUUCCGACUCUACCAGGAGGAAGGGUGGUCGCCGUGGUCGUCGUCUCUGA